GUUAGUGUUACUGCGAGACUUGCCAACCUGCUCUCACACACAAGUCGUCGUUGGCGCAAUAUCUCUACUCUUAGCGAGCUGUCCCCCCGUAGACUUCUGCCAGUCGCGCUUCUUGACUAUGGACGUUGUGGACAGCUCGCCAGCCUCAAGACCGACAGCAGACGAACAAUGCUCCACCCUAUACCCUCAUGAGCUCGCAUGGAGAGACAGACAACCAUUUCUGGAAUCGCAUGGUUAUAUGCUCAGGCCCAGAUUGCGACCCGGAUGGGUACCGUCAUGGAGAGUCUCGGGAGAUAAUCCUUGGUUCUGCGAAGACUCUCAUUCCCUUCGCAUGUUUCCACAUAUCGUAGACGCCACGCGCAUGUCAGAUGGGAAAUUAGUGUCCAUCAAACUAGUGCGCACUGGCAGCCUCGAAAUGAGAAUCGCGUUGUAUCUGUGUACUCCUCCGCUUUGCGAAGACAUCAAAAAUCACUGUGUACCUCUCCUCGAUCUCUUUGAAGACAAUAAGGACGCAUCGAGGUCAUAUAUGGUCACGCCAUUCCUCCGUGACUUCGACGAUCCGCUAUUCGACUGUGUUAAUGAUGUCCUUGAUCUCGGCGAACAGUAUCUUGAGGGACUUGUGUUUCUUCACCGCAGCGGCGUGGCACACAGAGACUGCACCAAUGCCAAUAUGAUGAUGGACGCGGGCCCGCUAUAUCCUCGAGGCUUUCAUCCCCUCCUAGGUGAAUUCCUUCCCGACGGCAAAACUGGUACAUGGCCGAAUUCAAGGACCCGUUGUCCAGUGAAGUACUACUUCAUUGACUUCGGUAUAUCGAGAUAUUUUCCGCCGGACGUCCAGUCCAAGCUAGUGAUCGGUGGCGAUGGUCGAGACCAGGAGCCGCCCGAGCUAUCUGACGACAUCCCUUACGACCCGUUCAAGCUCGACGUGUUCAUUUUGGGUAAUUUCUUGCGCAAAAAUUUCUACGAUAGAUUCAGCAAUGUCGAGUUCAUGCGACCGAUAUGGGAAGCGAUGACGCGGGCGAACCCGGACGAGAGACCCUCCGCUGCUGACGCGCUCCAACAGUGGCAGCGCAUGCGCAAAGCAGUAUCGUACUGUCACAGGAGUUGGAGACUCAAACGGCGCGAGGAAUCGCGCGGCUGGACCUUGUUCCUCGGUCUUGUCCAUGUCAUCAUGGUUGUUCACUGCGCGGUGACAAGGUCAAAGUGUCAUGUAGCUUUCUGCCUUGUUAUGUAUAACAGACGUCAGGGAGAUGUCUUGUGGCUGCGAAGUUGCCGAUAUAGUGCUUUUCCGGGCGACGUUGCCCACCAUGGAGCAUUUCACGAACUCAACAUCUUUCAGUCGCAGACUACAUGCUGUGCGCGGCAUCGUGCCAUAUAGCCAACAUCUUUUGCGACUUGGGAAUACAAGGACUCAACCAGAGUAACCGUCAUGCUAUUUGUCAAGCUGUUCAGCCUUUCACCGUGACUUCGGGCUUCAAACUGUCAGUAACGCGCAAGAAAGUCCUU